AUAUAUGUCUAUAUGUUGGUUCUGUUUGUUUGUGCCUUCAACUUUCACGAGUUUUGUCCAGUUUUUUUUAUUUUUUAUUCGUUCUCCCGGUCAGGCUGCUCCUCGUGUGAUGUUGUUCCGAAGAAUGGCUCCAUCUUUUUCUCUCUUACUUUUUAAUCUCAACGAUGUACACUUUUAGUCUGACCUUCAGUAAGCGGUGACAACUCGUACUCAACUCAACUUGGACUACUUCCUCUCUUUGCAUUUGGAUUUUGUGAUGAUUGAGGUUUUCCUUACCGGGAACAUGUUUGGACUCUUGGGGGCAGGAGAGGGACGUCAGACCCAAUUUUUAUUUGGAGCUGAAGAGGCCAAACUGGAGCUCAUGAGAAUUUGCUGACGUCACUCAAGCCUGAAGGGCCCCGGUGUCUGUUCGAAUCUCAAGCGUGGGGGGGUCACGUAGCGAUGGCGGGACGUUAGACCCUGAAGAACACCAAUACAUGGAUUCUUUCUUUUGUACUUUCUUCAAGGACGAUAUCAGAUCGUCCUUUAUAUCCAAAGUUUGAACCGAAAACAUUUGAGAGGCAGCGGACCGGCGGAAGGCCGCCCGCUCGGGGGUUAUUUCUGGCACAGUGGAUGCCUCGGGUGCCUCUAUUUGGACAUGAGCUCAAGGAGGCAGUCCUGGGGGGGGGCCUGUAAUUUUCGUCCUCGCGAUACGGACCGAGCCACAGCGACAAACAGGACCCGGGCGGAGGGAGGGGGGGGGGAGCGCUGAGGAAAACGGCAAGCGCGUCAACAAAGCGGCAGGACGGAAAAAAGGCCGAAGACUCUCAAGCGGGAAGGAGAGGAAGCCCAUAGAAUCCACGUCCAAAGUUCUACAAGGCCAGCGGUCCAGGGUGCCAAAUUACCGAGGAAACUCUCGUUUGUCAUCGAGUUCCUGAGAAAGAAAGCAGGUGAGCCGGGAGCGGUCGCAGCCAAGCCCAAAAGCCAGAUGGCCCCCAAGAAGAAGACGGCACGCCCCAAAAAAGCCAGCGGGGACGCCCCGGCCGAGGCCCGGCCGCCCGCCCUCAAGGUGCGGCGCGGCGGCGACGGCACGGUGACGGCGGUGGUGGUGGAGAGCCCCGCCCGGAAGAUCGAGCAGAUGGCGGCGCUGGACCUGCCCCCGCCCGGCGGCCUGGAGCUCAGGCCCGGACAGCGCGGCCUGGGCCUGGGAAGCGAGCUGACGCGCCCGCUGCACGGCAACGCCACGCUGGAGGAGCUCAGCAAGAUGCGGCAGGAGAAGUUCCUGACCGACCUGGAGCUGGGCUGCGAGACCAAGUCCUUCGACGUCCACAAGCUGGUGAUCUCGUCCGUCAGUCAGUACUUCCGGGAGCUCCUGGCUAAAGACCCCGACGUGAAGCGUCUGGAGCUGCCCUCGCUCUCGCCGCUCGGGCUGGCCAACGUGAUCACCUUCGCCUACCUGGGCCGCGUGCACAUGUCGCUGUACACGGCGGGCUGCACCCUGUCGGCGGCGGCGGCGCUGCGGAUUCCGCAGCUGCUGAGGAUGUGCGGCGAUUUCCUGCUGGCGGAGCUCAACGCGCACACGUGCGUGUACGUGUGGAACGUCGCCAGCGCCUACGGCCUGCCGGACGUGUGCCGCGCCGCCCGCCGAUUCGUGCUGGACAACUUUGCGCAGUUCGCCGACACGCCGCAGUUCGCGCAGCUGUCGGCGGAGCAGAUGUGCGCCUUCCUGGCCGACGACUCGCUGGGGCUGCCCAGCGAGCUCGCCGCUUUCCAGCUGGCCACGAAGUGGCUGGACUCGGAAGCGUCGCGUCAGGCUCACGCCGCCGCGCUGCUGUCUCACGUUCGCCUGGAGACCAUCCCGCCGGGUGAGCUGGUGAGCCGGGUGCAGACGGUGCCCCGCAUGAUGCAGGACCCGCAGUGCCACCGCCUGCUGGUGGACGCCAUGAACUACCACCUGCUGCCCCACCGGCAGAACGCGCUGCAGUCGGAGCGAACCAGGGUCCGGGGCAGCCGCCUCGCCCUGAUCGCCGUCGGAGGGCGGCCGUCGCUCACCGAACGCGCCCUCAGCCGCGAGGUCCUGUGGCGGGAGCCCCGCGAGGGAGGCGCGGCCUGGCGCCACCUGACCCAGCUGCCGGCCAAGAGCUUCAACCAGUGCGUGGCGGUCAUGGACGGCUUCCUGUACGUGGCCGGCGGCGAGGACCAGAACGACGCCCGCAACCAGGCCAAGCACGCCGUCGCCACGCUCAGCAGGUACGACCCCCGCUUCAACGCCUGGAUCCACCUGGCCAACAUGCGCCAACGGCGCACGCACUUCUCGCUGGCGGCCAGCGGGGGGCGCCUGUUCGCCACGGGCGGCCGGAACGCCGAGGGCCUGCUGGCCACCGCCGAGAGCUACCUGCCCUCGGCCGACGCCUGGCAGCCGCGCGCCCCCAUGGAGGUGGCGCGCUGCUGCCACUCCAGCGCCACGCUGCCGUCGGGCCGCGUCCUGGUGACCGGCGGCUACGUCAACUGCGCCUACUCGCGCUCCGUGGCCUGCUACGACGCCGAGGGCGACGCCUGGACCCAGAAGCCCCCCAUGGAGACGCCCCGCGGCUGGCACUGCUCCGCCGCGCUGGGCGGCAAGGUGUACGUGGCGGGCGGCAGCCAACUGGGGCCCGGCGGGGAGCGCGUGGACGUCCUGGCCGUGGAGGUGUUCUCGCCCGAGGGCGAGGGGGCGUGGAGCCGCGUCGCCCCGCUGCCCCUGGGGGUGAGCACGGCGGGCCUGUCGCCGCUGGGAACCGACCGGCUGUGGCUGCUCGGGGGCUGGAACGAGGCCGAGAAGCGCUACGAAGCCGCCGUCCAGACCUACGACCCGGCGACCGACGCCUGGGGCCGAGCGGAGGACCUUCCCGAGCCCACGGUGGGGGUGUCGUGUUGCGCGCUGGCUCUGCCGCCGCGUCACGCGCCGCGCCGCCAGCAGCGCCGCAACGAGACCGGGAAGGACCGCGGUUUGCCGCCGGAAGGCGUCGCGGCGUAGGGCCGACAUCUGCGCAGGAGUCGCCCGCCGCCUUCAAAAGUCCUCAGUGCAAUUUCGGCCAAGUUACUAAGAAAUUCAAUUGCAUUUUUCCAAAGACGGCCGCUAGGCGGGAGGCCGGCCGGGACCGGAGCAGGCGAGCGAAGGCGCCGUCGGACCACCUUCGGCGCCGAACCCCCGGGCCUUGCGCUCGGCUCUCCGCCCCGGACGCCCAUUAAAGCCGAUUCUGAUUCUCCGUCACUUUCUUCCCAAAUUGGCUGAUUAAACUUUCUUGAAAUGUGUUUUCAAACAAAAACAGCAGUGAAAGUCCAAACUGUGAAUAUCUCUGAAAAAAAAAAAAAAAAAAAAAUUUAAAAUCCUCAAUUGGGGUCCCCUCGACAUAAUGGGCAUGCCCCACCCCACCCCCACCCAAAAAAAAAAAAAAAAAAGAUCCAUUAGGAAGUCAAAUUUGGGUAUUCGAAUGUUUCACGAGACCAAGUUUCUCAAAUGUGAUUUUUUUGUAAGUGAUGAAGAAAAAAAAAAAUAAUCUGUAUGAUUUGUGGGCCCAGGCAUGUUAUGGAGGACAGAAAAUGUUCCAAAUUGCAUUUUGGGGAGCAAAACUGCCGAAAGCGAAGAGAGGAUGGCAAGGACGGAACGAGAAGAAGAGUCUGGAAUGGAGUCGGUCGGCCAGCCGAUAAUUUUGUUCUGGUCCGAGCGCUUGAAGGAAAGCUACGUGAGCCAGUUUGGACGUUGCGGUUAGGGUCAGGAAAAAGGUCACGUAGUAUUUUUGGUGGUGGGAGUGGGGCAGAAUGAAUUUAUGCCCAAAGGGGAAAAAAAAAAAAAUACAAAAUAAUGUGUAUGUCUGCAAGAUUCACAACAUGUUAAGAGCUUUUUUUUUU